AUGUGCUAUCUACAUCUAGCUAGAGUAUAUCUACCGUGCAACCCUUCAACAGCGACGCCUCCCCUCCCCUCCCCUCCCCUCCCCUCCCCUCCCCUCCCCUCCCCCUCCCCUCCCCCUCCCGCCCCCCUCAACAUGCCGUCCAAUCCCGAAAAAAAGAAGCGCAAGGCUGAGCCCACCCCCAUCGAGUCCGAGACACCCACCCCCGCGUUGCCAUCCGCCGCCACCAAUGGCAACGUGUCGGGCUCCACGUCUGGCCAGCCCGCGCAAACCCCGGCAAGCACGCAGCUUGCGCACAGCGUUCACGAAAUCUCGAAAAACAAGUCGCGCCCGAAGCGCGCCCGCACGAAGACCGAGAAAAAAGUCGAAGUCGUCAACACCUCGCGCUUCUACUGCGACUUUUGCGGCACAGACCUUUCCCUCUCGCUCCGCGUUCGCUGCGCGGUGUGCCCGGACUACGACUCCUGCCUCGACUGCUUCUCCGUGGGUGCCGCCUUGCUGCCGCACAAGGCCCAGCAUGCUUACCGCUUUGCGGAGCCCGUCAUGAGCUCCAUUUUUCAGGUCGGGUGGAAUGCUGAUGAGGAGGAAAAGCUCCUCGAGGGGCUCGAGGCCUAUGGCAUUGGUAAUUGGGAGCAAGUUGCGAAAGUCGUCAGGAGCAAGAACCCCUCCGACACGGAACGCCAUUUCAUGAAGGUCUUUCUUGAGUCUGCAAAUGCCCCACUACCAGACCCCACCAAAAUGCUACUGCCCGAUAAAUUGGCCGGCUCGGACAAGAAUGAAGACUUGGACCCUAAAGCGUUGCGCGUCAUGCACAUGCAUCAGCAGGAGGACGCCGCUGGAUGGAUGGAGAAGAGGCAAGAUUUCGUCUACGAGUGGGACAAUGAAGCUGAAGACAUUAUCGGUGAUAUGGAGGUCGCCGAAGACGAUUCGAAAUCCGACAAAGACGUCAAAGCACAAGUUUUGGAAAUCUAUGCUGCCAAGCUAAAUGAGCGCUCGCGGCGCAAAGAGCUGGUACUUGGUCGCGGCCUAACCAAUUUCAAGGGCUACUUAGCAACUGAGAAGAAGCGACCAAAGGAAGAACGCGAUCUUCGAGAAAAGCUUCGCGUCUUCAUGCGAUUCGUGCCUCACGAUUUCAUGGAGAGUUUUAUCCGUGGUGUGCUGGAAGAAAGGAAGCUUCGUGCUAAACUCGAGCAACUGCGGCUAGGUCGCAUGCACGGCGCGCAGACGCUUGAGGACUGUGAGAAAAUCACUGCUUCUCUGAAGAGCAAGUACAGGAGUUCCAUCAGUGCUGGAGAGGGUGCGACUCCGAGCACGUCUGGCUCGGCGUCGCAAAGACGAAGACGUGCAAAUGGUGAGGGAAGUGUUGCCGACAGUGUGGUCAGCACUGCAAAUGGAACUUCAACAACAACGGCUGCAAACACUGCCGAUUCAAAAGAUAAAAAGCCUACGAAUGUUGUCGAGAUGGAUCCUGAACUGUUUCCAGGUGCAGAGCUGCUUUCCAGAGUGGAGUUGGGGCUGUGCCAAACUUUGAAAGUCACGCCCCAUCAGUACAUGAUUGUUAAGGAAAUAAUGAUUAGAGAAAGUUCAAGGCUGGGUGGACUGAAAAAGAAAGACGCAAGAGCAAUUGUUCGUCUUGACAAAAUGAAGGUCUCCAAAAUAUACGAGUAUUUGUUGGCAUGUGGCUGGAUUAAGUCGACGGAUGGCAGUUCCAAUGCGUCCCGACACUCGGUCAUGAACAAGCCAGCCCCAAAUGGAACCAAAGUCUGA